CACGGCCAGGGAGCGCUGUCCAGGGGCUGGGCCGGUCCAGCGGUGGGCGCCUGCGGCCUCGGCAGCAUCGGGCCGGGGUCAGGCGGGGCCAGCCGAUUCUCACCGAGGCCCGCCGGUCCCGCCGGCCCCUGACCUCCCCUCAUCCAAACGGGGUCCCGGGCGGCUCACGGCGGCUGCGCGGUGCCCCCUACCCUGGCCGCUCCCGGCUACCUCCGUUCUUCCCCAUACACAUGGUUAAACUCAGGGACCCCUACACCUCGGGGAGCAGCCUGGGGGGCGGGCGGGCGAAGGGGGAGGUGGGUGAGGGGCGGAAGUGGUAGGACCCAGAGCAACAGGAAAUGACUUAGGGAAAGUCCCAACCGCAGCCCCCCAGCCCCCUGCCUGUAAACACUCCCACCCCACCCUGCCCGCUGGGGAAGGGCUUGUGGGGCCCGACCCACCGACUUCCCCUUGCAGAACCCAGCGGGUGCCGCGUCUCCACCUGGGGCCUCCAUCACCUCCACCGAGCCAUGUACCAGGCUGCAGGAGCCGCUCAGGCCACCCCCUCUCAUGAAGCCAAAGGCAGCGGUGGCAGCAGCACUGUCCAGCGCUCCAAGUCCUUCAGCCUUCGCGCCCAGGUGAAGGAGAGCUGUGCCGCCUGCCAGAAGACCGUGUAUCCCAUGGAGCGGCUGGUGGCGGACAAGCUCAUUUUCCACAACUCUUGCUUCUGUUGCAAGCACUGUCACACCAAGCUGAGCCUGGGCAGCUACGCAGCACUGCACGGGGAAUUUUACUGCAAGCCCCACUUUCAGCAGCUGUUUAAGAGCAAAGGCAACUAUGAUGAGGGCUUUGGCCGGAAGCAGCACAAGGAGCUCUGGGCCCACAAGGAGGUGGACACCGGCACCAAGACGGCCUGAGGCUCCUCUGCCGUCCACCGGCUCUGUAGAAGAGGGCCUGGAGUGGGGCAGUGGGAAGGGCGGGAAAGAAACUGGACCUGGGCUCUGUUUGGGGGUCAGGGUGGGAGGGGGAUAAGGCCAUCUUGCUCAGGCAAAGGAUUGAGGGGGGCAGAGCUCCAGGAUUCUUCAUUCUCUCUGGGGGGGAGGGUGGUUUGGGAACCAGGAUUGGGGUUUGCUCACCACCCGGCUUCCUACUUCUUUUAGCCUACCCCACCUCACCCAAUGGCCCCCUGGGAGGCCCCCAAGCCCAGCUUCCCUAUCUAGGUGCCUUUUCUCCAGCAAGGAGUCAGCAUGCCCCCUCAGGGUCCCAAGCUCCCUCACUGCCACCUGGGGUCCUUUGUGGCCCCCAAGUCUCCCCAUCUACCUCUGCCCUUAGCCUGGUCCUGAGCCAUGGAGACUGGAGGAAGGAGAGCCAGCGUGCCCUCCCUGGGCCUUACAGAAUGCCCACUAAGGCCCUGUGGGGGAGGGGAGAGGGAAGUUGAUUAGCACUGCCCUCCCUCCUCCCCCCAUAGGCAAAGCAGGGCAUGCCCUGUGGGGUGAGGGACCCAUCUUGCACCACGGGAGUCAAGAAGCGGAAGCUAAAGCACCACCAGGCUGAGAGCAACAGAGACUGGCUGGGUGGGGGCUGGCAUUGGCCAUGCUCCCCUCCUCUUGUCCCCUAUUGCUGCCGGUUCUGACUGUUGUGAUCAACCCUGUUUUAAACAUGUUUUAACAGAUCCUGACUCUGUAUUAUGUGGCCUGAUUUGUGGCUGCCGGUUCUGACUGUUGUGAUCAACCCUGUUUUAAACAUGUUUUAACAGAUUCUGA